AUGAUUAGCGCAGUGUCAUUUUUCAGCAGAGUUACUACUAGCAUAUUUUUCCCUUGUCCCUCCAUUUCUACUCAGCGUACCCUCAAUCACCAGAUGGACGUAAAGCCCGAUAUCGUCAAUAAGGUUGACAUGAGUCUUGAUGAUAUAAUCAAGCUCAACAGGAAGGAAGCCAAGGCCAAGUCUAGGUUCUCCAACCCCGGACCAAGCCUUAGGGUGAAUCGAAGAGGCGGUCGUGUAGCCUCUCGUUCUCGGGGCGUAAGGCUCGGACAAAGGCACUACUCGCAAAAUAACGCAUCUACCACAAACCGGAGUAAUACAAAUAUGAAUUCCUUGCAAAAUAAUCCUCGGCUAAGGAGGUCUGCUGCAAUAGCUGUUCUUCAACGUGCUAAGAGAACUGCUGUUGCCGCAGCCAGGGCGGUUUCUGAUGUUGCGAACUUGAUUCAAGGAAGGCAGCGACGCCGUAUUGCUUUCAGCGGUCAGAGAAACAUACCUUCUGCCGCUCUCCGCGCCCGCGUCUUUAUCAUCCUAGUUAUAAUUCCACAGAUUCUUAUCGGUCGUGCUCCAAGUGUUCGAGGUGGGGCUUGCCAGAUCAUAAUAUUAACCCGAGAUGAAGCGAACGAGAAAUUGCAGUCCUGCCAUCGACGUUUUAAUUCCUUUGCAGCUUCUCGUCUGGGUGGAAAUCCACGCAUGCCGCUUAAUCGCCUUGGUUUAACAAAUUCCAUGCGACGUGACAACUUAUCCGUCCGCUCUGCCGGUAAAAGAUCCCUUCGAGGUCAAAGAUCAUUUGUUCCCAGAAGUAAUUGGAAUCGUCGGGGUGGCCAAAACGCCAGCGCUGCUACUCGUAUAUUUGGCCAAGCAGCACGCGAGCUCGACAUGUUGUCUGCUUCCACCGGGACUCAACUCAACUCUAGGACUACACAAAGAAGAGGCUCGUUCGAUUUCAGUCGACUUCGCGUCGGUAGGACACAACGCGGGCGGUUUUCAAAUUCGUUCUACUCGACUAACAAGCAGAGGCGUCGGGACAGAUCACAGAAUGUCACCCCUGCAAUAUUUGAUGAGUCUGAAAGGGAUGCCGAAUACUUGGCUCAAGCCCGUGCCUUAAUCUUGGCUCAGAAUGAAUUCCGCACUUCUCUGCAAUCCAUGGACUACAAACCCUCUCUAAAUAUUAGGCCAAAGCGAGCGCGAAACCAAAAUCAAAACUUCUCCACAUCCGGCAGGCCUCAAACCUACUUCACCUUUACCAGUGGUCAGCGCUACUGGGAAACUGGUUGCCUACUCGAAGCCCCCCUGCCUUCCGUCAAAUUAUGUUUACGACAGUUAUCUUCUAUAAAAAAUGCAAAUCGCUAUGGUAGUCAUUAUAUCUGCGUUGAUGCACAAUGGCCUCAUGCAUUAGACAAUGGUAGACAAAUAAAGCGAAGGAAGACAAAUGGGGUUGCGGGUGUUACGGUCUGUGGAGCCCACCAGGAUCCUCCGCAUCGUGCUUCAGGGCAGGGUAAGGGGUCACAUGAUAGGCGAAAUUUCGGGCUGCAGAAGAAUGUGUACACUGAGUUGCCAUGA